GCGGCUCUCGCAGGACCUUCAGCGGCGCUAUGUUGGGACAGAGCAUCCGGAGGUUCACGACCUCUGUGGUCCAUAGGAGCCACUAUGAGGGGGGCCCCGGGAAGAAUUUGCCAUUUUCAGUGGAAAACAAGUGGAGGCUACUACUUAUGAUGACUUUGUAUUUUGGAUCUGGAUUUGCUGCACCUUUUUUUAUGGUAAGACACCAACUGCUUAAGAAAUAAGGAUGUUUUCAUUGAUCCACUAAACAGAUGUGAAAAGGAACAUUUUAAGAGGUGCAGUCUCUGAAAAAUGGAUCAAACUCUAGAAUUCAACAUACUCAACAUGUUUGUAAAUAAACUUA